AUGAAAUCUGUCCUUCUUCUCACUUUCGCCGUUGGCCUAUCUCACGUUGCCCCAGCAUGGGCCGGGGCAAUAAGCAUAGGCCAGCUCAUCGCAAAAAGAGCCCCGAAGCACAUCGCCGUCGAGUAUGACUGUGAAAAGGACAACGGGAGGGGCGGUUUCGAAACCUGCAACACCAUGUGCUUUGGCUUGCUCUGCCGGUCCGGUAACGACAAGCUCGAGUUCGACCACCCCGACGACGACACUAAGGCCGCACGGAGGAACAGCGCAGGAUGUUCCCGUAACAAUCGCUGCGGCGAGAGCCCCUACGGCUCGGGGUACGAGUGCGACGAGUUCCCUUUCGCAGAGACGACGGGGGGUGGUAGCCGGUUCAACCGCUGCGUGCUAUCAAAAGGGCAGAAAUACCAAGGGGGCAAGAUCCGAGCGUGGCGGGACGCGGGAAAAUACUGCAACAAGGAGAAGGGCUGCACGAUCUCGAUAACGCUCAACCGCGCGUCGAACUACCGGUACUGCAAGCCGAGCCCCGACUGCACCAACGACGGCAACCUCUACGACAGCAACGGCAAGGUCAAGUGGCCCGAGAACAAGAAGUCGAAGCGGAGCACGGGCGCCGGCUACUACCGGCUGCGCAGCGGCGGGAUUACCUUCUCGCCGACUCCGCUCCCAAUCGGGACGCUCGUCCUGCGCGACGUGCCAAUCAACGGCACCCUCGACGACGAAGACGGACUAGUGGCGCGGCCCGCAAUUCUCGAUUACGGCGCCUUCGAGCAAGACACCCAGAUCGUCGAGGACGAGGUCGUCGGGGUCCUCCUCUAGGAGGUUUGCGGAGAAACUUGUAGGGAGGGCGGAGCGGACAAGAUGACAGACACAUUACACACGCGUAUCAAGGGAACUUUCCUGAAAUGGCCUGGUAGAGUGGAAGUUGCUAAAGGCUAUAAGAAUUGACUAUAUACUCUCGUUAAAUAACUAGUUUUCCCUAUAUUGCAUAACCAGAUCACCUUUUAGUGUCAUCGUGAUAUUAAUAAGUGGCGAAGACUUUGCUCGAAGGCGAGUCGCAUAAUAGUCAACUUAUCAUCGCAAAAGUCUAUCCAGUUGCGUGGGUAGCGGUAAGAGAUUCUGGUUGUAUCUGGUAGUGUUUAUAGGAUUUCGUUCCGACAUGAUAUCCCGGAGGCAUUGUGACGUUUCGGAGAAACAGGUAGGGCUCGUAGAGUCCCCUCAUGU